CUUGAAGCGCGACGGGAUGACGCGAUGACGCGCGCGCGCGCGCGCGCGUGUGUGUGUCACGUGCGACGCGAUCGACGUUUCUCCGAGCCCUUGGCCCUAAUAAUGGCCAAGGGCUUUCGCCAGUUUCGCCAAAUGAUUUUGAAGGCGCGAGCGUUUCCCACGUGUUGAAACGGGAAAAACGCUUUUGUUUACCGAUCGAUCGGCUCUCUCAAUUUAUCGAGGACCGUCUUCGAGAGUUCCUCACGCAAACGCGGGUGUAGACAAUCGGUUCUUACAACAACGGAUUCUCUAACAUUAAUGUGAACCUUGAUUUUCGAGAUUUCGUUUCCGGAGGCUAAACUCGUUUUACUCGUUUAUUUCCCGGAGAUAUUCUCGCGGCGUCGUUCUCGGGAUUCAGCAUUCAGUCCCGUCUGAGGCUUUAGGCUCAGCCCGUUCGCGAGCCGUCGCCGUCGGCGCGGAAUCAUGGACCCCGCCGGCGUCCUUUCGCGGCUGAUACCGCAGAGCAAGGAGCAGGUGCGACCGGCCUGCAAGAAGUGCGGCUACGCCGGGCACUUAACCUAUCAGUGCCGCAACUUCAUCAAGAUCGACCCCAACAAGGAGAUCGUGCUGGACGUGAGCAGCACGAGCUCGGACAGCGACGAGAAUUACGUCACCCCGUUGACGGAGCUGCGCGAGCGCGAGCUGCGGAAGAAGCUGCGGGAGGCGAGAAAGAAGCGACGGGAAAAGAAGGCCAGGAAGAAGCGCAAGAGGAAACGCGAGAGCUCGGAGAGCACCGACAGCGAGUCAUCCGAUUCCGAGUCAUCGUCAUCGUCAUCAUCGUCGUCGUCGUCCAGCGAGGAGGAGAAGAAGCGCAAGAAGGCGAAGAAGAGGAAGAAGAGCAGCUCCAAGCGCAAGAAACGCAAGAAGCGCAGGAGGAACGACGACAGCUCGUCCGGAAACGAGGACGACGGCGAUAGGAAAAAGAAAUGAAUUGUUCAUGAGCGUUCAGGGUUCAGGGUCGCUCGUAGUGUCUCCCGGUUCGUUCUGGUACUUUCCGCCGUUGAAUAUUGAACGGUUCGUGUGACUGUAACGUUUUUUUUAUAUCGUUUUUCCUUAUAUCGACGAGGGAGUUGUCUUCUUAUUAUUUUUACCGACUACAUUUUGUAAAUAAAAGCACAUAUUUUUUACUUGGAAAGCUGUGACAUCUCAAAUAAAGGACUGUACAGAAAUUGUGAUAAAAGAAAGGUUUAAAGGAA